CUUUAUUCUCAAGUCCUAAAUCAUAUGUUAGAACUUUUUUUAUGAUAAUCACUGAAUGAGACACGUUUCAAUCAGUUGUAAAAUGCACUUUAACAAUUCUAAAAUUAAGGUUGUGGUCAUGGAGAUCAAGAAGUGUGAGGUAACCAAUUGCAGACCAAAAUUAAGGUUCUAACAAUUUUCGGAUCAUAGUCCACGUUUGUGAGAAUUAUAACCUCUGGAGGAACAUGAAGACAACCAAUUAAUCUCCAACAGAGUACUAUUUUCUCUCUCCUCUUUUUUUAUCAUUGCACUCUAAUUGCUUCCAUUUCUCUCAACCAUACCUUUAUCAAACCAUAAAACUUAUUGUAAGUAAAAAGCAUAUCUGCUCCUUCCUCAAGACAUCACAAUCAUUAGCAACAAAAUUUACCCUUUGUCUUAUGUCCAAUGUGUCUCUGGGAUAAUUCUCAAACUGUGUGAUAUGCAUUAUUUCUUGUGAUAUGUGAUUUUGUUAUCUGUCAAUUUGGAUUGCCAAUACCAUAUUCAUUUCUAGAGGUUAAGCUUAUUUUUCCCCUUUUCUUGAGAUUGAUCCUUGUUCUUUUUUUCAGUAACAGAACAUUGUAGAUAGGAAACCAUAUACGUAAAGAAGAAAAAUGUCAUCAAAGACAACCAUGUAUGAGCCAAAAAACAUCCUCAUAACUGGAGCUGCUGGUUUCAUAGCCUCGCAUGUCACUACCAAGCUAAUCAACAAGUACCCUAGCUACAAGAUUGUAGCUCUUGAUAAAGUAGACUACUGCUCCACUGUGAGGAAUUUGAGGUCAUGUAUUUCAUCACCAAACUUCAAAUUUGUUAGGGGUGAUAUAGCUACUGCAGAUAUGGUGAAUCAUAUUUUGAUAGAAGAGAAAAUAGACACCAUUAUGCAUUUUGCUGCUCAAACUCAUGUGGACAAUUCAUUUGGGAACUCCAUGGAAUUCACCUACAAUAAUAUCUAUGGCACUCAUGUGCUUCUUGAAGCUUGCAGGGUCACCAAUUAUGUCAAAAGGUUCAUUCAUGUCAGCACAGAUGAGGUCUAUGGUGAAACAGACUUAGAGGAUAAUAUUGGAAACCAUGAGACAUCUCAGCUUCUACCCACCAAUCCUUACUCUGCAACAAAAGCAGGAGCAGAAAUGUUGGUCAUGGCCUACCACAGGUCUUAUGGUCUUCCAGUUAUAACUUCCAGAGGCAAUAAUGUGUAUGGUCCCAACCAAUACCCAGAAAAGCUUGUUCCUAAGUUCAUCCUUCUUGCCAUGAGGGGUGAGAAAUUGCCAAUCCAUGGAGAUGGAUCAAAUGUGAGGAGCUACCUCCACUGUGCAGAUGUAGCAGAAGCUUUUGAUGUCAUACUCCACAGAGGAGAGAUUGGCCAAAUUUACAACAUUGGCACCAAGAAAGAAAGGAGUGUGUUAGAUGUUGCAGAGGAUAUAUGCAAACUCUUUAAAUUGAAUCCUAAAGAUGUUAUUGAGUUUGUUCAAGAUAGGCCUUUCAAUGAUAAGAGAUAUUUUCUUGAUGAUCAAAAGCUCAAACAACUUGGUUGGGAGGAGAGAAUUUCCUGGGAGGAAGGACUCAAGAGAACAAUUGACUGGUACCAAGAGAAUCCUGAUUGGUGGGGUGAUGUUUCCACUGCUUUAAACCCUCAUCCACGUUUCUCAGCCAUCAAUCUCUCUGAUGAGGCUCAAUGGUCCUUUCAAUAUGGAUUCUGUAGGCUUGCAAGGUCAUUUACCGACAUUCGAGGAAGAAACACUUCAGGAUUCAAGUUUUUGAUAUAUGGGAGGACUGGUUGGAUUGGGGGUUUGUUGGGAAAGCUUUGUGAUGAGGACAGAAUUGAUUGGGAAUAUGGGAGAGGGAGAUUGCAAGAUAGAAAAUCACUUGAGGAGGACAUAAGAAGCGUAAAGCCAACCCAUGUGUUGAAUGCAGCUGGUGUUACAGGAAGGCCUAAUGUUGAUUGGUGUGAAUCACACAAGGUUGAAACUAUAAGGACUAAUGUUGUAGGCACUUUAACACUGGCUGAUGUUUGCAAGGAACAAAACUUAUAUAUGAUGAAUUUUGCAACUGGUUGCAUAUUUGAGUAUGACAAGGACCACCCUCUAGGAUCAGGCAUUGGGUUCAAGGAAGAGGACAAACCAAAUUUCAUAGGCUCCUUCUAUUCCAAGACCAAGGCCAUGGUGGAGGACCUUCUAAGAAACUACGCAAAUGUCUGCACAUUGAGAGUUAGAAUGCCAAUAUCCUCUGAUCUUAGCAAUCCAAGAAACUUCAUCACAAAGAUUUCUCGUUACAAUAAAGUGGUAAACAUACCUAACAGCAUGACAGUACUAGAUGAACUCUUACCCAUAUCCAUUGAAAUGGCUAAGAGGAACUUAAGAGGGAUUUGGAACUUCACCAACCCAGGGGUGAUUAGCCACAAUCAGAUAUUAGAAUUGUAUAGGGAUUACAUAGAUCCACAGUUUAAAUGGGAGAAUUUUGAUUUGGAAGAACAAGCAAAGGUAAUAGUUGCUCCAAGGAGUAACAAUGAAAUGGAUGCUUCCAAGCUCAAAAAAGAGUUCCCAGAAUUGUUGUCCAUCAGAGAUUCCAUUAUCAAGUUUGUCUUUGAGCCUAACAAGAAAACUUGAAGAUGUUAAAGAUUUUGCUCUUUUGAAAUACCAUUGGAUCUGAAUUUUCAUGUGGAAGACUGAUUGUAAGAAUUCAAACAUAGGGUCGAGUGUUCUUGUUCUUUUAUGUAGUCACCAUAUUAUAUGAAACAUUUUGCACU